AUGGCUGCGGCACACGGCCCGCCGCGGAAGGAGCCGGAGCGGGAGCCGCAGCCUCAGCCGGCUACCCGGCGGAGCGGCGCAGCGGGGACGGAGCCCCGGCGACGGCGACACGGCCACUGCGCCGGCGCGGUCGCCUGGCACCCGGGUCACGUGGUGGUGGCCCCGCCCCCUGGAGGGCUGGGCCGAACGGCCCCCGCAAAGAAGGGUGGUGAGAAGAAGGGCCUUUCUGCCACCAACGAGGUGGUGACCCGAGAACACACCACCAACAUUCACAAGUGCAUCCAUGGAGUGGGCUUCAAGAAGCGUGCCCCUAGGGCACUCAAAGAAAUCCAGAAAUUUGCCAUGAAGGAGAUGGGGACUCCAGAUGUGCGCAUUGAUACCAGGCUCCAUAAAGCCGUCGGAAUAAGGAAUGUUCCAUACCGUAUCCGUGUACGAUUGUCCAGAAAUGAGGAUGAGGACUCACCAAACAAGCUCUACACAUUGGUAAAUUAUGUACCUGUUACCACGUUCAAACAGUCAGUGUGGAUGAGAACUAAGCUGCUGAGUGUCAACUAAAGUUGGAGAA